AUGGGUGGAGAAGGAACGGCCUUCGUAUACGGCACUUUGAUGGCGCCGGAGGUCUUUUUCAGUGUCUGCUAUGGAAACCAUUGCCCCCCUGCAGCAAUCAGCGACCUCCACACGUUUACACCAGCGAUACUUGAAGACCAUUGCCGUCACAGAGUGCAAUAUGCGGAUUACCCUGGAGCUGUUCCAGAGAAGGGACAUGAAAUCCGUGGAGUACUCGUCACAGGUUUGACUGAUGCCAACAUGAACAAAUUAGAUUAUUUCGAAGGCUCAGAAUAUGAGCGACGCACAGUCAAGGUACGGGUGCUGGUGAGAGAGGGAGGCAAGGAAGUGCUAGGACCAGAGAAGAGCGCGUCGGUCUAUGUGUUUUUGAAGCCCAACGAGUUGGAGAAGGGCGAAUGGGAUUUUGAAGCGUUCCGCCGGGAUAAAAUGAAGUUUUGGACCCGCGGUGACUGGACCUUUGACGAUGAUGACAAAGCCGCGGUGAACGAUUUGGCUUAA